AUGCCACCACCAACAACCCACUCAAUCCCCUCCUCUCUCCCCCUCACCUUAAUCGUCGCAACAACCCCGAUACGCGUCGCGUCCGCGUCCGCAGCCGCCACCACAACCACCCCACCCUCCGACCAAAAUGCCACACGCCUGGGAAUCGGCCUAAAAGGAACCCUCCCAUGGCCACGCAUUAAAGCCGACAUGAGCUUCUUCGCGCGUGUUACCUCACGACCACCCAAGCAGGGCACUACCAAUGCCAUCAUCAUGGGACGGAAAACCUACGACUCUGUCCCGAAACACCUCCGCCCAUUGGGGAAACGAAUUAGUGUGGUGAUUACGCGUGAUCAGACGGGUUCAGUGCGUGAGGGUGUGUUGCAGGAAUUGGAGGCUAGGAAGGUGAAGAUGGCUGCUACGGCUAAAGCUAAGGCUGAAGCUGCGGUGGAGGCGGGGCAAGGGCAAGCUACAGCUCCAGCUCAAUCCCCCGCAGAGGAACCUGCUACCGAUGCGAUUGUCACACCCAGUCUGGAUGCUGCGCUGGAACAGCUUGAUACCGUUUACGGGGCGGAGGGACGCCUGGGUAAAGUUUUUGUUAUUGGUGGUGCGGAGAUCUAUGGUGCGUCGUUGCGGGCCGGGUCUGAGGCUUUGAUGAAGAGGCCUGUGCGAAUUGUUAUGACGCAUGUGGUGCGGAAGCCUGUGUCUGAGAGUGGCGAGGAAGGGGUUGAGCAACCGUUUGAGUGUGAUACGUUCUUCCCGGUGGAAAAGUUUACAGCGGAGAAUGGAUGGCGCAGUGCUAGUGAGGAGGAGGUGACGGAGUGGGUUGGGGAAGAUGUGACUGGGGAGUGGAAACGGGAAGGAGAUGUUGAGGUUCAGAUGGUUGGGUAUGAGCGGUUGGAUUAG